AUGAGCUACGCCUACCAACACAGCACGGGCGCUUCUUCCCUCCCUUCUUUCAAUUCGAUUCCUUCUUCUUCUACAGGGCUCGUUAGCCAGGCUUGCAAUAGGGCGAUACCCGCAGCCAAACAAUGGAUCGAAGAGGGUGUCACUACGUUACGGUCGAGCAGGCCGCGGAGUAGGGAUGAGGUGCGGAAUUCGGCGAAAGUGGUGUUGAGGCGCCUUUUUUCGAUCCCUUCUGCUGUUAUCUUGCUUUGGUUCUUUACGUUGUGGUGGGGUGAGAGGACGGUCUUUCAAAAAAGUAUAGAUGCUUGUGCUUGGGAGGCUUGGGAGGCUUGGCCUCAAGGUGCAACUCCGCAUCGUGUCGCCUUCGUUGCUGACCCCCAGCUCGUCGAUCCCCACACAUACCCUGGGCGCCCUUGGCCACUCUCGACAUUGACGGUGCGAUACACCGAUCAAUACAUGCGACGGUCCUUUUCACAUAUUCAAAAGCACUUGGUGCCCGAUUCAGUACUAUUCCUGGGUGACCUUUUUGAUGGGGGGAGAGAGUGGGCUACGAGGACGACAACGAGUCCAGAGGAGCGCUACAAGAAGAUCAACGACAAUUUUUGGAAGAAGGAAUACGGUCGAUUUAUGAAGAUCUUCUUGGACCCUUGGUUGAAUCAGGAAUAUACGCCGCUAGACAGCAGGGGUCGCAAACUGAUUGCUAGUCUACCGGGUAAUCAUGACCUGGGCUUUGGCAAUGGAGUCAAGGAACCGGUCCGCCAGCGAUUCCAGGCCUACUUUGGCGAAAGCAAUCGCGUUGACGUUAUUGGGAAUCAUACAUUUGUGUCAGUGGAUACACCCUCGUUGAGCGCGAGGGACCAGCCAGAUCCUGCGACGGGUAGCUCCAGCUCCAGCGGCAAAGAGGAUGAUCCUUGGCCGAUUUGGAAAGAUGCGGAUGAUUUUCUCAACCAGGCGUCCUCCUACAAGGCAAAAGCAGAGGCCGAAGAACUACAGCAGCUGCAGCACAAGCCGGAGAAAGUCAAGUUCGAGCAUCGCAUAGUGGAUGCUGAGGAGGACGUGAUAAAGGAAAACCCAAAGCCCGAGAGCGCCGGGUUUCCUACCAUUCUUCUUACGCAUGUUCCUCUCUACCGCAAGCCCGCAACACCAUGUGGUCCGCUUCGAGAACGGUCACCGCCUGCUGCUCCGGACCUGGAAGAAGACGAGCCCAACGCGCUGAGGAUUGCUGGAGGUUAUCAGUACCAGAAUGUACUGACUCCGAUCAUCUCGACGGAGCUGGUAUCCAAAGCAGGCCCGAAUCUUGUGCAAGUUUAUUCCGGCGAUGACCACGAUUACUGCGAAGUCUCACACCGUGAGUUCAACGGCUCACCGAACGAGAUCACUGUCAAGAGUCUAUCAUGGGCAAUGGGCGUCCGACACCCAGGCUUCGUACUCACCAGCCUCUGGAACCCAAUCGAUCCCCAGACGGGCGAAUCAACCCAGCAAGGCUCGCAGCCAACCAUCCAAAACCACCUCUGCCUUCUUCCCGACCAAUUGGGCAUCUUCAUCCAUUACGCCGUCAUUCUCGGCCUAAGCAUCGUCGUCCUGCUCAUCAGCUCCACCUACCACAUUCUUUCCACCCCAGAGAGCGUCUCAAACGGCUCCGUUCUCCCCCUCACGGAACAACGCGCCUACCCCAGGCACCAGUACCAGACCUCCGGUACGUCCAGCUCAACCCUCACCCCUCCAGGCGGCCUCUUCAGCCGGGGUGGGCUCACAACCCCCGGCUACCCCAGCGCCAAGUCUCCCCACGAUACUUAUCGCGGAGCAGAUCUCGACAUUGGCUCGCCGAACCUGAAAGACAAGGCUAUGUACCGGCCGGCUCGGGCAGCGGGCCUCCGACAAACAGUGACAUUUAUCGGUCGGGAAUUCAUCCAUUCUAUCAGGACUGUCGCGCAGGUUGUUUUGCCUGUGUAUUUCUUUUUGAUCUGGCGCUGGUAG